CCUUUAAAGUUUUAACCCGUGGUCCGUCCGGAGUAGACUCUCCCCCCACCACCGCUAGCUGCAGGUCUGGUUCCGUGUCAUAUGCGUAUCUGGUCUGCUCGUCUCCGAUCAAGCUUGCAAUCUCUCACUCACCCGAGCACUUCCUACUGGGCUGGCCUUCCCGUAACCGCUCAAGUCGUACGUUUCUAUUCUCUUCCACCGCCUGCGUUGGUCUGCAGCAGCUUUGCUUCGCUGGCAUUGGACACCAAACACACAUCCAACACAGCCCAGCCCUCUUGCCCCCCUGCACCGUCCUGUCUGUCCUCUCGCCCUCUCUCGUCCUCUCUCUCCUUCGCUCGCUCUCCAGAUCCGUGUCUCGGUCCGUUCAUACGCCCACGACAUACAUCAUCAUCAUCAUUACCUCCACCCACCCUUGUUAACAUCCUGAACCAAGGCACGACACCCACACACCCGCGAGGAAGGGGAAAAAAAAGAGACACCAGGUCCCAAUCCAAGCAACCUACCUCUUGCAAGCCAAUUUUUGACUACCCUACCAGCCUACGACAUAGUCCGUCGAUCUCCUGGGAACGCCUCCAAUUCGACCCAUAGCCCCCUUCCUUACCUAAUUCGCCAAUAGUAACUCCACGUGCGAGCGAGAGGGACUUGGUCAAACGACAAUUACCUCCACCGCUAAAUAACUACCAUCGACCUCCCAGUCCCACGCAACACACACAAGCAUCACAAUGUCCUCCCCCUCAGGUUCCUCAGCAGCAGGCAAGCGGAAACGGACGACGGCCACAACGAACCCUACAAGCAUGCCUGACGCCGCCCACACCGCCGACGCCGCCCUCCAGGCCUCGUCGCGCGACGCUUCCGGAGAGGAGGGCGACAGCACCGCCCCGGAAUCCGGUCGCCUCGCCGGCCACCGCAAGUCCGACUCCACCUCCGCCGGCCACCCGUCUAAGCGUCAGCGUGCCAACUCGGAGCGCUCCCACGAGACGACGAGCAACACCAACAACCAGACCGCCACUUCUGCCGCCGCGGCGCAAGACCACUCCCUCGACCCGGGCGAGCCCAGCGAUACCACCGAGGCCAGCGUCGACAUCGCUGAGCGCGUCGGCCGCAAGAACAGUCGCAAGCAGGUCUCGAUAAAGGAGGAUGAGGACAAGGACGAGGCGAUGCCGCCCCCGCCUACGGGCAAGCUCACACACCCUGUGGGCUUCCGGACCAACGACCCUCCCGCCGGCAGGCCCGUUAGGGUAUAUGCUGACGGCGUCUUUGACCUCUUCCAUCUCGGUCACAUGCGCCAGCUCGAGCAAGCAAAGAAGGCCUUCCCCGAUGUGUACCUUAUCGUGGGCGUCACGGGCGACGCCGAGACACACAAGCGCAAGGGCCUAACAGUCCUCUCUGGCGCCGAGCGCGCCGAGACGGUCCGCCACUGUAAAUGGGUGGACGAGGUCAUUGAGAACUGCCCGUGGAUCGUCACCCCCGAGUUCCUCGACCAGCACAAGAUCGACUACGUUGCCCAUGACGACCUGCCUUAUGGUGCCGACGAAGGCGACGACAUUUACCGCCCCAUCAAGGAGGCCGGCAAGUUCCUCGUCACUCAGCGCACCGAGGGCGUCAGCACGACGGGAAUCAUCACCAAGAUCGUCCGCGACUACGAAAAGUACAUUGCCCGGCAGUUCAAGCGUGGCACCUCGCGCCAGGAGCUCAACGUCAGCUGGAUCAAGAAGAACGAGCUGGACCUCAAGCGCCACGUCCAGGAGCUGCGCGAUAAUAUCCGCACGAACUGGUCCACCACCGGCCAAGAACUUUCUCGCGAGCUCCGUCAAUUCUGGCCCGCAUCGCGUCCCCAGUCUCCCGCCCCGGCCGCCCGUACCUCGUACAUCCAGAACGGCGACCUCCUUGCCGCCGCCAACGCCAACGCAAGCAAGUCGCGCUUGAGCGUCGAGAUCCCCACUACCCCCGGCGGCACACCCGCCGCGACCCAGUCCAACGAUUUUAUCACGGGUUACGCCCUUGGCCUCGUCGGCGGUGUUCGUUCAUGGAUGACCAAGAGCAAGAGGAGCGACCAGGACAGCCCGAGCCGCCGCAACAGCGACGACGACUCCGAAAGCGACGGCAAGAGCCCCCGCGGACGCGUCGUCCCGCAACAGUCGGCCGCCGCCACGGCCAGCGCCUCAUAAUACGUGGCUCUACAAGUUGGCUGGCUUAUCAUCACCGCCAGAACUAUCGACGGCACGCUGUGCCCAGCGUGAGCCAGCGCGACAUUGCCCUCCCAACCUACCUUACCCAGUAACCUAAUUACGGCUGUAUGGGAAUGGAGAUCUCAUUGUCCAUGUGCGAAAGACUGACUGAUGGGGCGAAGUGGGAAGAAGAACAAAGACUGAACGGCUAUACACAUCGGAAAACGAAACAUGAUGCCGGAAAUCCAUCUUGGGCUACUGCUGUAUUUAUUAUUGUUAUGUUUCUCAUCGAUGACGGGGUAAGAGGGUCAGAGACAGAGUGACAAAGGCGUUUCGACUGUUAUUUUUUCAUCCUUGUUUACCGUUGUUCGUUCCUCCAUGGGGGGAGUGAAGUAUCCACGAGAAGGAAUCGCCCGCCUCACUUCCCCAAUAGAGAUCCGCCACUAUUACAUAUGUUAUCUAUCUAGGUAUGAAGAGAAGAGAG